AUGAGUGAUGCAGACGUCCCUCCGUCGUCGUCGCUAGAUCCUGUAGGUACUGAUGGCCCCGGCGUGGGACACAAGGACAAUGUAGCACUGAAGUCUUCGCCAUCUCCUCAUGGACCGGACGAGAACCAACCAGUUCCCCAAGAUAAUGCCACUGCGGAUCCAGAAGAAGAAAAUGCCAAGGCAGACUCUGAAGCAGAGACUAUCAUUCAGUCUGGUCGAGAAUCUCUUUCGCCGGAGAAGAGAAGAAAGCAUAUACAACAUGCUCUCCACGUACACGCCGACAAAGGGCGCAAUGGAGACGGUAUGGCCGAUGGGGACUUGUCCCCAAACUCGAGAAAACGCAAGCGUGUUGAGGACGAUGUGCCGACUAAUAUACAAGAAGCCGCACCGGCGACGAAAUCUCGCUCUCGGACGUCGUCUUUGUCUUCUGUCGUGAAAAAAGAAAGGACAGAAGCCGUUGCGCCUGUCAAGGCUCGUCGAGACUCAAUUCGUUCUACCUCCGAUGAUCGUCAGACUCCUGACGCCUAUUCUCGUUCUCGGAAGCGCAGUCCUAGUGGAAGUGCAAUGGAAGCCGAUUUUACCGAUAAUGAUUCGCAUGUUCAGGAACGUCGGCGCCGGAGCUCUAUCAAAGAGCGCGAAAGGCGAGAAAAGACUCAUCCAGCGACAAACUCGACAGCCUCGCUGUCAAAACACCGUUCCGUUUCACCAUCAUAUCGCUCUCACAAGCGAGUAUCAUCAGGUCCGCAUCAAGGAUCAGGCGAGAUUACACAACGAAAACGAAAAAUUCCAGCGCCCUUGACCAAUAGUCACCGCCGUCAGAGUUCUGAGGAUCGCUUGUCGGUGUCAUCGUCUGCUAGCGCUUCUCCAAUGCCGUCAGCGCGGUCUCGAAGACUCACAUCUGAAGGCGUCCAUGCUUCUUCGGCCAAGCCUUCAAAUCAGAAAAAGCAACGGGAUCAGAACGGACGUACACGCCUUGCAAGAGCUUGCGCCGCUCAGGAGUACGAAGUUGCGGUAGCCCGACACGCUGAGCGGCCAGAGGAUCUGAAUGUGGCUGACAACGCCGGAAAUACUCCGCUCCAAAUUGCUUCUUUGGAAGGCUGCGCACCAAUCGUCAAAUUUUUACUAGAUGCAGGAUGCGAGAUUGACACGAGAAAUAUCGAUAAGGACACUCCUCUUAUAGAUGCCGUGGAAAAUGGUCAUUUGGAAGUCAUCAAACUUCUGCUUGAUGCAGGCGCAAACCCCCGAUUGGGCAAUGCUGAAGGCGACGAGCCGUACGAUCUAGUACCGUCUGAUACGGAGGAUUACGACGAGAUUCGGAGGAUCAUAUCUCAUGCCAAGGCACMCCCGCCACGGAAACGACGUUCUGAAGACCAUGGACCUCCGUCCGCCAAGGGAUCCAUCCCUCGUGCCACAUCAGGUGCCAGUCCGAGAGAUUCGCCUCCGGCACACUUGAUGAUGAGUCCGCCGCCAGGUUCGAGUGCUUUCAGCAGGCGAAAGACCGUCAGAAGUGAGGCAACGCGCAAUGACCUUUUAUGGACAAAGGCGACGCCGGAGAAUCUCUGUAAUUUUGCUGCGAAGGGUGAUAUGGCUGGKGUAGCCAAUAUCCUGAAUGUGAUUCAAAAGGCUGAUACAGAAUCUUUGAUUGCAGCUGCUAAAGGCGGACAUGAAGAUGUCAUGUCUCUGCUGUUAGGAAUGGGCGAUGCAGAUGCAGAUCCUGAGCCUAUUCAGAAUCCGAAUUGUCGGCCUGGUUUCAACACGCCCAUGCUGGCCGCAAUCGGUCGAGGCAAUCUGGCUAUUAUACGUCUGUUACUGGAGUACCCUGGCUUCAAUCCGGCGCGACGAUUAUACCGCGGUAAAACCUACUACGAACUUGCAGAAGAACGUCAGGGUGAUGGCUGGGAGGAAGAAGCGGACUUGUUGAAGAGAGCAUAUGAUAAGUACAAAGGGAUGAAAAAAGCACGAAAGGCCGAGGCUAAAUCUCCCAAACGCCCACGAGAACAAGAGAAGGAUCCCAAAAAGGCGGCGAGGCGAUCUUCUUCUUCUCCCGUCAGCACUCUUCGMAAGCCUGUUCGCAGUCCGACAUCAUCUCGCUCAGUAGAUGUUGUUGGCAAGGAGAAGAUUAGAAAGCGGGAUCCGUCUUUGCAGAGUAAGGAGAGACGUAUCGCCACAUCUCUUCACAAAGCAGCUGCCCAAGACGAUGCUCUCAGCGAGCAUUCUGUUGAGCACGAAACGGCCAAGUCAAAGAAAUCUCUUGUACAAAGACGGCAAAGCGAUGCGUCCUCAGUCAACCGUGGCGAUGAUGUCCCAAAACGCCGGAGAUUGAUCGCUGGUCGACCUCCAGAUCGUGACCGACGCAGGCUCAGUCUUAUGUCAACUGAUUCUGUUUCUUCGCGUGAAGAGCUAACCAAGUCGCAUCCUCGUGCGUUGAAGGACGCAAAAGAUAUGAAAGAUACCUUGGAAGUCCCAGUCAAAUUGAAACGGCCGCGCAACAGCGUCUCGCCCGAACGGUCGCGCUCACGAGGAUCGGAGCGCGGCAGAGAAUCCGAAGAGAUUUUACAGAAGAAGAAACGUCGGUUACAGCACGAAGAAAACUCACGUAAAUUGCUCAAUGGGACUCACAAGAAAGGUGAUGAUACCUCAGAGGCUACCAAGGUCCCUGCCAGUAAAAAAGACAACCCUGAAACAGGCAGGAUUUCCAAAGACGCUAUUCCAGAAAAACGCGCACGUACAACUGAAGCCUCAGUUCCAGUGAAGCAGGAGCACAAGAAGCAAGACACCCAAGAGCUCGAACGCAUACCGAUGGAUGAGAGUGCUAGCAAGGAAGUAGAGGCUUCUGCUGCCAGGAGAAAAGAAGAACAGCAACAGAAAGAACGUGAUGCCCGCAAGGCCCAAGAAGAAGAAGAAGAAGAAGAAGAAGAAAAGAAGGCCGCUGAGCAACUGGUAAAGGAACGCAUCGCCAAAGAGGAAGAGGCGGCUCGUAAAGCAGAAGAGCAAGCGCGUCUUUCCCGUGAACAGGGCGAGGAGGAGGAGCGCAAGCGUAAAGAAUUAGAACAACGGCGCGUCAAACAACAAGAGGAAGAACGACAACGCAGGGCCGAGCAAGAGCGACUGCGUAUUGCCAAGCUCCGCAGGGAACAUGAGGAACAAGAGCAGCGACGGCGCGAUGCACUUCCCAACCGACUCCGAAUUUCUGCAAAUCUUGUGGGAGCCAACGAUCCUCGAGCUAAAAGUCAUUCCUGGUUGAAACAGUUUAUGCCCGUGGUCACUGCACGAACCGUACAGCUAGACUCUUCUUGCGUACCAGAAGUUGCAGAGGAGGUAUGGGUUCCCAAUUUCUUAGUGGCGCCUCUUCUUGCUACAAACGACUUGCAAUUGUCUCAGUAUGCUAGUUGGGAGAAACGGCCGGCUACUUACACGCAACGUUUGAACUUGUGGCGUGUGACGCGGCGCAUCUUGGUUGAUGGAGAUGAUAUGGAAGUGCCAUGCUCGUCUUUCGGAGAAGUCAUUCAACGAGAUGGCGAAACGCGGCCCAAAUAUUUCAAUAUGGAACACGUCUUUUGGGUUAAGUUGUCCGACUUCAUGGAUCUAGUGCCUCAUAUUCCUCACCUCAAUGGCCUUGAUAUUGACUUCCUGAAGAUGCAUAUUGAUCAAGAGCCAUCGUCACAUGGCGAUUUCUCCAGUCCACUGGAUGGACCCAAAGUGAAUGGCAAUGGGUAUUACCCUGACCAUCACGAAGCAGCAGCUACUGUGAAUGGGUUGACGAAUGGGUUCGGACACACACGUCCAAAUAAUAUCAUCACAAUGUCGGACGGAGAAGAGACCAUUUCCAACCCCCCCGUCGCCGAGGCCGAGGAUGUCGAGGUCCCCGCUGAGUCCAGCGGUGGCCAGAUGUCCGUCAACGAUGCGCUCAAGGGCGUCCUCAAGAUCGCCUUGAUCCACGACGGUCUUGCCCGUGGUCUUCGCGAGGCUUCCAAGGCCCUCGACCGUCGCCAGGCGCACAUGUGUGUCCUCAACGAGUCUUGCGAGGAGGAGGCUUACAAGAAGCUUGUUGUCGCUCUCUGCUCUGAACACGAUAUCCCUUUGAUCAAGGUCCCUGAUGGAAAGGUCCUUGGUGAAUGGGUCGGUCUUUGCCAGCUCGACCGCGAAGGAAACGCCCGCAAGGUCGUCAACUGCUCUUGCGUCGUCGUCAAGGACUGGGGUGAAGAGUCCCAGGAACGUUCCGUCCUCCUCAACUACUUCCAGACCAGCCAGUAA